AUGUCAUACCGACGCUAUAUCAACCGACCAAAAUCUUCAAAAUUCUCCCCUCCCGCCAAUCACUCCGCAGCUUUUACUCCAUUUUAUUCACAUCAAGAUUCUCUUACAUCCCCCCCGCCUUCUUCCCACCUGCUACCACCAUCUAAUUCAAUAGCUUCAUCAUCGUCAUCAUCUUUCUCACCAGUAUCUGUUUUCGUCCCCCGAGGAAAGUCUAUCUAUCUAUCUAUCUAUCUAUCUAUCUAUCUAUCUAUCUAUCUAUCUAGGUCUUGUCAUGAUCUAUCUAUCUAUCUAUCUAUCUAUCUAUCUAUCUAUCUAUCUAUCUAUCUAGGUCUUGUCAUGAUCUAUCUAUCUAUCUAUCUCGGUCUUCCUGUUCAUUUCUAUUUUAACUUGCUCGUAUUUAUCUAUCUAUCUAUCUAUCUAUCUAUCUAUCUAUCUAUCUAUCUAUCUAUCUGCUUUUCUCUCUCUCUCUCUCUCUCUCUCUCUCUCUCUCUAUUUACCGAUCUUACUUCGAGUUUUACUGAUCUAUAUAAUUCUUUUUUUCAAUCUAUCUAUCUAUUUAUCUAUCUAUCUAUCUAUCUAUCUAUUUCAUUUCGCUCGAGGCUGAAGUCAGAAGUUCUUGUGUUCGGCAGGAGUUGUGGAAUCUCGCAGCGACCUCCACCUCUUCUCUUUUCAGCUCUCAAGUGUCAACUCGCAACUGUGUUUGAAUGGCUUUCGCGCAUUCAUUUUUACGGACUCCAACUAGAAACAGGUGCGAGGCAAUAUAUAAUCUAUUGUUUUUGGUCUUUGGAAUUUUCAUUCAUAAUGUUGGGGAAUUCUUCCUCUCUCGUCAGGGAUGAUUGCAGGCAUCACUCUCCAUGGCUGCUUCUACUCUCUCUUUUUACCAUCUCUCGCUAUUGCCUUCCAUUGGAUGUGAGCAUCUCCUUCAACCUCUCUUCUGUGCCUGCUAUCCUUCUGUGGGUGCAGGCAACUCCUCAUCCUUCCUUGAUCGCUCUUCUGCGCCUGUCACCUCUAGAAUUCGGUCGAAAGAUAAUUUAA